AGUGUCCCUAGAUGUGCCACAGUUGUGGAGUCAGCCCUGAGCACGCAGGUUGCUGUGUCAUCUGUCUGGGGUCCUUUGCCUGAGCCUCCGCACCCUACUGCCCAGAGCUCUCUGUCUUCCCAGAAGAUACCAGACUCAGCCAAGGCUGCCAACCCAUCACCUGAGUCAUGGUCCAUGGGUACAAAGGGGUCAAGUUCCAAAACUGGGCAAGAACCUAUGGCUGCAGCCCAGAGAUGUACUAUCAGCCCACGUCCACGGAGGAGAUCAGAGAGGUGCUGGCACUGGCCAGACAACAGAACAAGCGGGUGAAGGUGGUGGGAGGGGGCCACUCGCCCUCAGACAUCGCCUGCACAGAUGGCUUCAUGAUCCACAUGGGCAAGAUGAACCGGGUCCUCCAGGUGGACACAGAAAAGAAGCAGGUGACUGUGGAGGCCGGCAUCCUGCUGACUGAGCUGCACCCUCAGCUAGACAAGCAUGGCCUGGCCCUAUCCAACCUGGGAGCUGUGUCAGAUGUGACUGUUGGUGGCGUCAUUGGGUCUGGAACACACAACACAGGUAUCAAACACGGCAUACUGGCUACCCAGGUGGUGGCACUCACGCUGCUAACAGCUGAUGGGACCCUUCUAGAAUGUUCCGGGUCCAGCCAUGUGGAGUUGUUCCAGGCAGCACGAGUACACUUGGGCUGUCUGGGCAUCAUCCUCACUGUCACGCUACAGUGUGUGCCUCAGUUCCACCUGCAGGAGACCUCCUUUCCCUCCACCCUGAAGGAGGUUCUCGACAACCUGGACAGCCAUCUGAAGAAAUCUGAGUAUUUCCGCUUCCUCUGGUUUCCACACAGUGACAAUGUCAGCGUCAUCUACCAGGACCACACCAACAAGGCCCCUUCCUCUUCAGCCAGCUGGUUUUGGGACUACGCUAUAGGCUUCUAUCUGCUCGAGUUCCUGCUGUGGGUCAGCACCUUCCUGCCCAGCCUCGUGCACUGGAUUAACCGAUUCUUUUUCUGGCUCCUGUUCAACCAGAAGAGGGAGCACAGCCACCUGAGCCACCGCAUCUUUACCUAUGAGUGUCGCUUCAAGCAGCAUGUGCAGGACUGGGCCAUCCCCAGAGAGAAGACCAAGGAGGCCCUGCUGGAGCUGAAAGCCAUGCUGGAGGCCCACCCCAAGGUGGUGGCCCACUUCCCAGUGGAGGUGCGCUUUGCCCGGGCAGAUGACAUCCUGCUAAGCCCCUGCUUCCAGAGAGACAGCUGCUACAUGAACAUCAUCAUGUACAGGCCCUAUGGCAAGGACGUGCCACGACUGGACUACUGGAUGGCUUAUGAGACCAUCAUGAAGAAGGUUGGGGGCAGGCCCCACUGGGCCAAGGCCCACAACUGCUCCCGGAAGGACUUUGAGAAAAUGUAUCCCUCCUUCUUGAAAUUCUGUGCCAUCAGAGAAAAACUAGACCCUUCAGGAAUGUUUCUGAAUACAUAUCUGGAGAAAGUCUUCUACUGAAGCAAAGCCAGAAAGCAAGUUCGGACCACCUCCCCCCACCCCCAGGCCUUCCUCCCAAGAGUCUGAAGGCUCAGUGUUUCACUGGUCUGAUAGGGAACUUGCUGCCUCUCCCUGCCCCUGCCCCUGUCACCCACUACAGACCCCUGAUAUACAGAAAACACAACUGCCCCAAACGCUCAGUAAUGAGCCUGGUUCUCUGGACCCCUCUUCUGCCACCUUCAUCUCUGCAGCAACCUCAGCAAAGAAAGCACUAGAACACUCAAAUAUCCAAUUUUUUUUACUUUAAAGCUUUAUUGAGUAGUGGUUUACAGUGCAGUUUUUGUUGUUCUCACUAUUCUUGUCACCAGAGGUCUAUGUGGCCAUCCCCAUCUCCAUUUAUAUCACUCUCUUUCCACAUCCUGUUUCCCCCGGAAAUAGAAAAUCCCCAGAGGAUUCAGUGAUCCACUGUUUCUACCUGUGGGCUGGCGUGUGCAGCUCCAGCACACCAUCCCACCCUCCCAACCAACCUUCAGAAAGAGCUCAGUGCCGUGUGUAUGGGUCCAGUGUCAUAAGCACUGUGUUCUUUCUUUCACACUUGAGGUUCUUUUAAACACUCUGUAUCUGUAUGCCCCAUGCCCUGAGGUGGCCUCCCUCAGAUUUCCGCCUGUCUACCUGCCCUCCCACAGCCUAUCACUGUGUGUCUAUUUCAGCAGGUGCUUGUGGGAGUGAGCGUCUCCUUUCUAUUUCAUUUUCUAUUUUUAUUUUUAUUUUUUGCCUCCAGGGUUAUUGCUGGGGCUCAGUGCUUGCAGCAUGAAUCCACUGCUCCUGGAGGCCAUUUUCCCCCCUUUUGUUGCCCUUGUUGUUGUAGCCUUGUUGUGGAUAUUAUUGUUAUUGUUGAUGUUGUUUGUUGUUGCAUAGGACAGAGAGAAAUGGAGAGAGGAGGGGAAGACAGAGAGGGGGGGAGAGAAAGAUAGACACCUGCAGACCUGCUUCACCACCUGUGAAGUGACUCCCCUGCAGGUGGGGAGCCAGGGUUCGAACCGGGAUCCUUAUGCUGGUCCUUGCACUUUGCGCCACCUGCGCUUAACCCGCUGCGCUACCGCCCGAUCCCCGAGUGUCUCCUUUUUAACAAACACUCACUCUCUGCUUCCUCCUCAUUAUCUCCAAGGUAGUUCCUUGGAAGCAAGAGGUUCAGUGAUUCCCUCCAGAGUCAUGGGCCUUGGACUUAGCUGGAAAGUGUUCUUUAUGGUCCUUUUGCAAAUUUAGUUGCACCUUGCUACUAACUAGUUCCUGACCUGCCGAACCUGUGAUCAUUCUUUCAUGGGAUACUUGCUAGACAUGUUCUAGGUGCCAAGUGCUCUGGGAAAUAAAAAGUAGCUUAAGACAG